AAUCAGAGUCAGCGUUCUCGGGCCUCCAGAGUGCGACAGCAUGUCCACUGUGAUUCCUGCUACAGCCGGCGCUGCAGGGCUCGGGUGGAGGUCUCUGUGUGCUGUGCUCUCAUCCCCUGCCGCCUGCACUGUGGAGCGCUCUUCCACCUUUGUAAAGAGGAGGAUCACCUGCUGCUCUGCCCCAACGUGAGGGUGCCGUGCCUCAACGCCGAGUACGGCUGCCCGCUCCACCUGACCCGCUCCUCGCAGGCCGCUCACCUCCAGGUGUGUCCGGCCAGCGUCGUGUGUUGCUCCAUGGAGUGGAACCGAUGGCCGGCCAACGACGCCCAUUCUUAUCCAAACACAGAGCUGCAUAAAAACCUGCUCAGGGGAAGAGAGCAGGGAAGAUGUCUGGACUUGGCCAUGGCCCUGAAAGACCAGGACCUCCUGUUUCACUCCAUGAAGAUGAGAGAACUGUUCCCAGAGCUGACCCAGAGUGUGGAGAAGGACGAGAAAGAAAAGAGGGAAGAGAGGAGGAAGGAGAAGCAGAAGAAAGAGGCAGCAGAAAAGGCAGCUGUGAAGGAGGCCAGUGAUCACACUUGGGAGACUUUUAACUUGCAAACCCCUGAUGAAAAAGAAGAAGAGGAUGAAGAUGAGGUUGACGUUGAAUAUGAGCAGGAGCUAACCCAGGAAGAGAGAGAGGCUAUUGCCAGGGACACAGAAGUUAAUGCUGAUGUGUUGGAAAACUACAACACCUGGGAGCGCAUGUUCAGUAUGGAGAUAGGUGGCUGCAGGAACGCUGGAGAGGCAGCAAUGGCCAUCAGAGACCAGGGGCUUUCUAAAGGAGGAGGAGAAGCAUCAGAUAGCGGUAUGGAUGCCUCUGCAUCAAACACCUGCCGACAGGGGAGCAGUGCAUGCUUUGCUUCCUCCACAUCCUCCUCUUGUCUCGCUGAAAGACUGAAAAUAAGGGAAUUUGUGUACGGAAGUGUGGAGCCGAUGAAGAUCAUCACUGUGCGUACCUUUACAACCCCGAGCAGCUUCGCUGCCAGGCAGAGCCGCAUCCGCAACCCUAGUUUCUACAAGAGGGAGCAUCGAGCUGUGGAUACGAGCGACCUGGGGGUGAUGCUAGAGGAGAUGCCAGUGUGGGAGGAAGUUCAGGCUUCUCUGCUGUGCUCCCUGGAGAAGGAGCAAAGGGGUCACCUCAUUGCAGAGAGCAAAUGCACGGAUGCUUUGUUACAAGAUGAAGGCACACAGACCUACAACUUCUUGUCUGCUCCUUUCCGGAGAGAAACGUCGCUGGCUGACCUGACCGCUGCAAAACCGUUGGAGUUGCACCUACAGCUGCAGGUGGAGAGCGUCACCAGCCGGCACCACAAGGCCAGCUCGGCCUUCACCUUCCUCUGUGGACACACCUUCCAGCGCAGAGAAUAUGGCAAACAUUAUAAGAACGUCCACAGUGACAUCCAGAUGGGCGUGAACGGGUGGUUCGAGCAGAGGUGCCCCCUGGCGUACCUGGGAUGCACCUACAGCCAGACGAGGCUGCAGCCCUCCACUCAUGAAGCCACCGUCUCCUACAACGAGGACCUUGGCUGCUUUAGCCUGCAUCCCACCAUUCAUGUUUCCUUAAGCGAAGCUUCCCAGCCAUCCGGGAGCUCAGUGGACUCCUCCACCGCUCAGAGGAGGAGAGGAGGUCGUGGAGGAGGAGGGGAGGACUCUCUGAGCUCGCUGCCCUACGAGGUGCUGUGCCACAUGGCCCGUUUCCUGGACAGUCUGUCCCUGUCCCAGCUGGCUCUGGUGUCCCAGCUGAUGAGGCAGGUGAGCUCCUCUCUGCUGCAGGAGAGAGGGAUGGUCACCCUCCGCUGGGAGAAGAAGACCUACUCACACGGAGGAGCCAAAUGGAGGGUGAAGCACACGGUUUGGCAGUUCAGCACUUUGUUCUCUCCUGUGGACGAUUGGUGCUUCCAAAACGUCCCGUCCAUGUCGGAGCACCUGAAGGUGUGUCCCUGCUAUGAGAGAGAGUCCCGGACGGAGAAGAUUCACCUGCCGCACGUCGGAGGAGAAACGGCCCAGACCAAGACAAGCUGUGAAGGUCCCACUCUUACCGCGUUCCAGAAGAAGAGGAUCGUGAUGUAG